CAACCUGAUUUAGAGCAAAUAGAUCAAGCCAUACUUGACUUGAUGCAAAGCCUUAAACAAAUGUAAAAACAACUUGGUUUCAUGGAGUAUUUCUAUGCCGGAGUCCUCUUUGCUCAGAACCUUCACAAGUUUGCUGAUAAAGAUCAUCAAGAGAACAAACUUGUUGACUACCAGUUUAAAAAUAUGACCGACCAAAUUUUGAAAGCUCGGACUUGGGCUGCACGGAUGCAGCUCUCGUUCAAACAGAAAUCUUUGUAUUUCUACAAUCAGUUUGCUAGUGAUGGUGUCUCUGACAGCAGCACCAAAGACAAUGAAGAAGUCUUUAAGAAGCCUAUUGUCAAACCUAGAAAGAGUGGGCUUAAAGAUAGUAAGAAAGCAAGCAAGAGACCUCACUUAGCUGUUGAAGAUACAUCUGCAUUUGACUCAGACCACGACAGCGAUGACAGUCAUCUUGAAAAGUCUAAGAAUGGCUACAAACGUCCUAAGCUUGCAGACUCCGAUGACUCUGAUGAUGAUAGGGACACCAAACACCAUCGAUCUCGUAAGUAUGAAGAGUCCAAAGAAGAAGCCAAACAAGACCCAUCUGAUGAAGCCAAGCAACUUGUCGUUGGCGAUUGCAAAAUCUGUCUGGAUGACAUCCAGAUGGACGAAGUGCAAGGCAUCGACACUUGCGCCCACUUGUUCCACAAAGAGUGUUUGCAGACGCACCUUGAAACAUCGAUCGACAGCAACAAGAUUCCGCUGGUGUGUCCGAUCGUGGAGUGCAAAGAAGAAGUUCCGUUCGGAAUCAUCAGAGAAACUUUGACGAAGAAGUAUGUGGAGCGGUUCGACUUGUUCUCGUUCAAAAUGGCUAUGAACCAGAAUGCUCAGAAGUUCAUGGCAUGUCCCACUCCGGAUUGUGAGUAUGUUGUGUGAGUUGAAGGGAAUGAUCUUCAAGUAAACCCUGAAUUCAAAUGCCCUAGUUGUUCUAUUGAAUACUGCCUUGAAUGAGAGAGCGAGUGGCAUGAUGGAAUGAACUGAGACCAGUUCCAAAGGUUAUACGGCAAAGGAAAGCUAGAUUUUAAUGAUCAUAAAGCAAUUCAGCAUGCCAUCGAUAAUGGGAUGAGAAGAUGCCCUCACUGCAGAAUCUGGGUCAUUAAAAUCAGCGGCUGUGACUCUGUUUAUUGCGGGAACUGAAGACAAAGCUUCAACUAUAAUCAAGCUGAAACCAGCUAGUUAAUUAAUAAAGACCCUAUACUUGUUCU